AUCAAUAGAUGGUACAAUCACACUCAAUUUAAAGGGGUACUGAGAUUUUCACAGUUAAAUUCGUCUAGAAUUAGCUUUUAUGUAGCAAAGAUUGAUUGCUGAGCCAAACUCAGUAAGUGUGAAAGACAGGCCUCAACUCAAGACCACUUUUUUAGUGCAAGUGAAAAAGAUUCAAAGACGCUCCAAGAAGCUGUAGUUCCAAAGACCUGCAAUACAAAUUGCAUUGGAUAUCUGACUGCUCAACAUUGUUCCAGUGUUUCAUUGCUUGAAGUUCCAGCUUCAGCUCUAAUCCGUCUAAAAGUCAUGACGUUCUUCCUGAAGCUCACUCUACUCACCUUUAUUGCAGUUCCAAGCUUGUUUGUUUCUGGAGAAAAUAUGAUUACCUGUGAAGGUGAUGUCCAUCGACUUACUUGUGACACCGGACUGAUAUCAGUGAAGUAUUCUUUCUAUGGCCGUACUGACAACAAUACCUGCGGUAUAAAGUGGUCCCCAUAUGACUCGGUCAAUACUAGCUGUUCUUUGAAGAUUUCCACUAUUGCUGAUAGAUGCAAUGGACUAAAAGUGUGUGAGGUAAAUACGGCUUUAAUUGAGAACCCUGACCUAUGUUAUGGAACUUACAAGUACUACAACACCACGUACGAGUGCAUCAAUGGCAGGUUAGCUGUUAUUUGUGAGCGUGGCUACAGCACACUGGAUUGCGGAGAUGGUUCUAUUCAGAUCAUAAAUGCGAACUAUGGCCGUGCUGAUUCAGUAACCUGUUCCAGUGGACUUUCUAACAAUUUGAUCCAGAACACCAACUGUUACUCUCCAAACGCACUCUCAAAAGUGGCCACUCUCUGUAAUGGACAGAGGAGUUGUGAGGUAGAAGCUUCGUACACUGUCUUUACUGAGCCAUGCACUGGGACUGUUAAAUACCUUACAGUGUCCUACAUCUGCACCAGAUUGACUGUGACCUGUGAACACAAUACUGCUGUACUUUCAUGUGGUGCCCACCAUAUAAAUAUCAUCGGUGCGAACUACGGCCGAACCGAUUCCACCACGUGUUCUUCAGGACGACCUCACAGUCAGAUCACCUUUACAAAUUGCUACUUGCCUGACACAUUACAUAAAGUUGCAGCUAGAUGUGAAGGACAAAGAAGAUGUGAGGUGCCUGCGACCAACGGUUUCUUCUCUGACCCCUGCUAUGGCACCUUUAAGUACCUGACAGUUGUAUACUCCUGUAUCUAACUAAUAACUCAAAGAAUUCCAGUUUUCUCCCCAGUCUCUUCACCCUGAAAAAGACUUACACCGAGAUUUAAUUAUGCAUACAGUAUGAUGAAGUGCAGGAGUCUCUUCACCCUGAAAAAGACUUACAUCGAGAUUUAAUUAUGCAUACAGUAUGAUGAAGUGCAGGAGUUUUGUUGUUGUUGCACGUAAUAUUUGCACAUUAUACCAACUGCUGUAAUGAUUUUAUUUUCGAUUGUACUAUUAUUAUUCAUAAUUUGCAAUAAAGUAUCAUGCAAUAAACUCAAGCCUAACAGGGAUAAGA